AUGAUUGCUCCGCCUACGUCAUGGCUCACGCAGCUUCUCGUUGCAUCUUGUCACUUGCGAUCUCUGCACGGAGGAGUGCAGCUCACCAUGGGCCUUUUCCGCCUCCGGUUCUGGGUGCCGAGAGGCCGGGCCGUCGUGAAGCAAGCCCUGCACCGCUGCAUCACUUGCACGCGGUGGCGAGCCGCCACCCCACAACCACCGAUGGGCAAUCUACCGCAAGGGCGAGUCACCCCAGCGCGUCCGUUCCUUCGCACUGGCCUGGAUUACGCUGGCCCGAUCCUUGUUCAAACAAGCAAGGGACGAGGGCACAAGGCUUACAAGGCAUUCAUCGCCGUUUUCGUCUGCCUCUGUUCCAGAGCCGUGCAUCUUGAAAUCGUGUCGGACUACUCCACCGAAGCAUUCCUGGCCGCCUUCCGCCGCUUCACGUCCCGCCGUGGCCUCUGUCAGGAUGUCUACUCGGACUGUGGUACCAAUUUCGUUGGCGCAGACAGAGCAUUGCGAGAACUCCUACGCGCGUCGUCAUGCGACGGCCGUCGCAUCGCUCGCGCUGCGGCCUCAGACGGAAUCAGGUGGCACUUCGAUCCGCCGGCCGCACCGCACUUCGGAGGCCUCUGGGAGGCAGCGGUGAAAUCCACCAAGCACCACCUGCGGCGAGUCAUUGGCGAAACCACACUGACGUUCGAGGAAAUGUCCACUUUCCUCGCUCAGGUCGAGGCCUGCUUAAACUCACGGCCGCUGCAAGCCUUGACCGACGAUCCUGACGACGUCUCAGCGCUCACUCCAAGGCAUUUCCUCAUCGGCGCGCCUCUUCUGUCCGUGCCCGAGCCGUCGCUCACUCAGGAGGAGACCAACACACUGUCCCGAUGGCAGCUCGUGCAGCAAAUGCGAGAUCACUUCUGGCAGCGGUGGUCACGCGAAUACGUCCACACACUGACCCCGCGAACCAAAUGGCAAGGGCCGACCACCAGACCUGACCUUGGAAGUCUGUGCCUCAUCCGUUCCGAGCUCACACCCCCGAGCCGAUGGCCUCUCGCACGGAUCAUUCAGCUGCAUCCAGGGGACGACGGUGUCGUUCGGGUGGUAACUGUCCGAACAUCUUCGUCACAGUACGUUCGGCCCCUCACAAAAAUCGUGAUGCUUCCCGGGGCCUCGGACGAAAAGGCAUUACUCGCGACUACGCAAUAA